AUGCACAACAUAAACGGCGCAAUUUCACAUGGCCAACACACGCCAAUGACCCCACUAGACAUUAACUACAGCCAGUCGAUGAUUCCAUCCAACUUACUCGUAUCCUCACCAUACUUUACUCCACCACCUUCGGCUACCCAUUUCUUUUCAAUCCCACCACCACCACCACCCCAACAACAACAGCAACACCAAAGAACUUUAAAACGUGGACCCACCUCUCUGUCUCGAUCACAGUCUCAAUCACAGUCACAGUCGCCUAACCCCUCAUCACGGUUUGGAAAUGGAAGAAAUUCGAGUAGGCUGUGGAAUAGUAAAGAGAAUUAUCCUGACAAGCCUAUGCAACAUUCUUUUAUCAAUACCAUGAGCAACAACGAAAAUCUAGACAAUUAUGCUACAUCACCAAUAACCAACAAGGAGAACCCAUGUCCUUCCAACCAUAACAACUUUGACCAGCUCAAUAUAUCAAGAACCGUUAUCUUGAAAAACUUGGCUGAAAAUACCAGUUUGCAUCAGAUAUUGGACAAUAUAGACUAUGGACCCAUUGAACACAUCAAGCUCUUUACAAAACAAAAACCAAACUUGCUCUCAAAAGACGGUUUAGAGAAUAACGACGUAAAGACAAAAAUAUGCCACAUCUCCUUUAUCAACAACAAGAUUUCAAUGUUAUACUAUACCCAUGCUACAAACGCAUCUAAUCUUGACACGUUGAGAGAAACAUUACACUCUCACAACUUGAAAAUUCAAUUGAACAAUAUCAACGACAGAAAAAAUACACCAUCUAGAUCUAAACAGGAUUUGAUGAAGCCCAAAACUAUCAACUAUAUCAAUAACCUCAAUGCAACACGAUGUAUUUCGUUGAAAAUAGGCAUAGAUACUAAAUUACCACUACAAAGAGAAGCCAAAAAUGUGGAAAAUACUCUACUCGAGGAAAUUAAGCAAUCAAUACUAGUUCAGUGCGAAAAAUUUGGAGAUGUAGAAAAUUUCGAUAUUGAAAUGGUGAACAAUAAUAAUGAUGAUGAAGAAGAAGAAGAAGAAGAAGAAGAAGAAGAAGAAGAAGAAGAGCAUCAAGAAGAACACAAAGAAGAAGUGGCAAAACAGACAACAAGCGCGACAGCAAAGUCAGAUAGGAAAGUAGACAAUGACACUAUUCACGUUUCUCAAUCUUGCUCGACCUUAUAUGUGAGUUGCAUAGCUUUUAUUCAUUUCACAUCCAUCGACUCUGCCAUAAAGGCAUAUGAAGCCUUUAUCAAAAAAGUUAAUCACAAAUCGAUAGUGCAUGACCACAAACAAAAGAAUAAAGACACAGCAAAACUUGACAUAUCAUCUGAUGUAAAUGGUUUGCAUAUAGAGCAAAACCAUCACAUUAUAUCCACGACUUUUGCCCAAGACCGAUGCGACCGCACACCCAUUGAUAACAAGCACAUAGAUUAUAGCAUCAACGAAUUUCUUGAAACAAGAAGUUCAAAAAGUGUCAAUGGCGCAAGGGUAGGAGACGAGAUCAUCACAACUGAAACUAUACUUGAUUCUGAUUGCAAUUCUGAAUCUGAUUUUGAUAACAAUAGUCCCGCCAUGAGCAGCUUUACAGCGUCCCCCAACGAGAGGGAACUCCCUGAAGAACUUGGCAUCUUGGACCCAGUGAGCCCAAACUCGUCCGAUAUAGAUAAUGCAUCACCAAUAGUACGCGAGAGAUACAAUGAUACAAGCGAAGACGGUUGCAUUCAGUCAACCAUAAGCAACGGUGCAUAUUCCAUAAUUUCUUCAAAUCAAGAAUACCUCAACCACAUGCACUACCCAUCUGGGCAUAACUCUGAUCACCAUCCGGGGAUUAUUGUACCAGUAUCUCGCGAUUUCACUCCUUCCUUUACACCUUCUUCUCCUCCAUACACAUCUCACUCAAAUCACUCAUAUCUGUCAUCACAGUUUUACCUCCCUCAGCAUCCACCAUCAUCUAUCCACGAGUUCAAUGGUAAUCGAUCGAUAUAUUUGGGAAAUUUACAUCCCAACACUACGGUGGAAGAAAUUGCCAAUAACGUUCGCGCUGGUGGCUUGGUAGAGUCCAUAAACUAUUUGCCUGAAAAGAGAGUAUGUUUUAUAACAUUUGUUGACGCAGUUGUUGCCCACAAGUUCUAUGUCAAUCAUCAAGUGUUGCACCAGCUAGUCAUACACGGAUACGACAUUGUUGUCGGAUGGGCAAAGCAACACAGUGGACCAUUGCAUCGCGAUAUUGCACUUGCUGUUACCGCUGGUGCAUCAAGGAAUGUGUACAUUGGAAUUAAACCAAACCGCGACGAAAAUGGUUUCAAACCUAUGAUGCCAAGCGAGGAUGAAUUGAGAGAGGAUUUUUCCAAAAUUGGUGAACUUGAACAAAUUAAUUUCUAUCACAAUAAGGAUUGUGGGUUUCUUAAUUUUGUAAAUAUUACCGAUGCGAUUGCUGUAGUUGAAGCAUUUGAAUCAGAUGAAAUGGAUGGUGUUUACAGAUUAUCGAAAGCGCUUUACGGAAAUCAAGAUCACGCCAACCAAUUUUAUCACAAGUACAAGGAAUUCAAGAUAAGUUAUGCUAAAGAUAGGUGCGGUAAUCAACCGAAAUUUUCGUUUAGAAAAAAACCAAACGGAUCUCAAGGUUCAACUUACCAGCAAUACCAAGAACAAUUACACUCAAGCCUUCGCAAAUACAAUAAAGAUAAAUUUACAAAAACAAGAUACUCUGAGUCAAGUAAUGCCAGAGAUGCAAAUGAGCCAUUAUCAGACGAAGCUGCCAUGAUAUUUGGAAUUGUGAACAACAGUGUUCAAUCCAAUGGCACCACUAAUGGAUCAUUAGGAAAAGAGCAGACUCAUUCAACGGAUAAAACAUUGAAGAAACAAAAUGGAUCAAGUUCCAAUGGAGCAACCGAUAGAACCAGGAGUGAACAUGAGCACGCUGGCAACCAACUUGAAAUGCCUACAAUAGAAGAAAGUAAAGAAACAAUUACAGAAGAACAACCAGAAAAAGAAAAAGCAGGAGAAGCGGAAGCAGAAGAAGAAGAUGAUGAAGCGGAAGAAGAAGAAGAAGAAGAUGAUGAUGAUGAUGAGGACGUUUCAAUUAUAAUCGGAUCCGAGGAUAUGAGCUUUUCUUUUGAUCGUAGUGAGGAAAAGGAAAGAUCAAAGGCUCCUAAUUCAAAGAAUACUCGUUAUGCUCAGCGCAAACUGCGCAAACAAUAUCAGAACAAUUAUGACAAGGACUAUGCAGAUUUACACCGAGGGAAAGUUUCUCGAUCCUCUUCAAACGUGCUGCUUAGCAGUAGUGUAAAUUAUCAAUAUUCACCAUACAUUCAACCUCAGUCAGUCUAUUAUUUUCCGCUGGCCAGUAGAAACAGCUCUACCAGCAGCUUUAGGACAAACAGGAGCCAGCAUAGUCAGAAGUGGCACUCAACAUUGCCUCAAGGUAAUGCUGGCUACCCUAUACAGCCUGUGCCAUAUCCUCAGCAAGUAUUUGCUAUGCAGCAACAACCAGGUCAGUAUCACGGACAACAGUAUCCACAGAUUCGCUAUAUACCAGUUAUUCAAAAUCAAGUUGUUUCUCCAAAUCUCCAAGCACCUUCAUAUAAUCUGGGCGAACACCGCUCUUCUGGAAGCGAGGUGAUGGCCCAGUACUUGGCAAAAACGCAGCGCAACCAGAUGAUAUAUGAACCUGUUGACAAAAAUGGAGUGGAGAGAGGGACUCCGGGAAAGUAUAGCAUUCGAGGGAAAACUCAUCAUAAUGGUUUAAAAAGGUAA